UGUUGACAGCGGAGGCUGUUGGGGAGGAGGGGGGCGGGAGCGGACCCUGAGGAGGACUCACAGACCCCCGCCCCCGGGGACCGGAACCGGAACGAACCUGGAUCCCCUCUACCCAGGGAGCCGGGCAGGGGCCUCGGGCCAGUGUCCUACACAAUGGGGCCCAAAUCUCAGCUGAAGCUUCUGGGCACUACUCUAAUACACAUAAUGGGAUGUUCAUGGAAAGGAGAAGACACAAACCACUUCAUAUCAUCUGAUGCUGAGAAUCAGAAAUGAGAGAAUAGUUCUAUUUCCCAGGGUGCUGGUGGUUAAUUCAUGGUUAUAAAGUGCUUUGAGAACCUUUGAUGAAAGCUGCUAUAGAAGAACGGUCUCAGGCACCUAACUCUGUCUCUGGCACAACCCAGAUGUCCUAAUGUCACUGUAAAUCCAGCUGGGAAUCUUCUGAGGUUGGGGGGCAGGGAUCCCUUGAAUUGAAAAGCUUCCUUCUGCCAGAGUUCCCUGCUCCCCCUGCCCACCACCGCUAUUCCCUGAAGAUGGCAUCUGACAGCCCAGAGUCGCUGAUGACAUUAUGCACAGACUACUGCCUCCGCAACCUGGAGGGAACCCUCUGCUACCUAUUGGACAACGAGACUCUCCGGCUUCACCCCGAUGUCUUCCUGCCGAGUGAGAUCUGUGACAAGCUCGUCAAUGAGUAUGUGGAGCUGGUGAAUGCAGACAGCAUCUUUGAACCCCAUGAGAGCUUCUUCACCCUGUUCUCAGAUCCUCGGAGCACCAGGCUAGCCCGAAUCCAUUUGCGGGAGGAUGUAGUGCAGGACCAGGACCUGGAAGCCAUCAGAAAGCAGGACCUUGUUGAGCUGUCCCUGAUUAACUGUGAGAAGCUGACAGCCAAGAGCCUGCAGACCCUACUGAGCUUCAGCCACACUCUAGUUUCUCUUAGCCUCUUUGGCUGCAGUAAUCUCUUCUACGAGGAAGAGAACCCAGGAGGCUGUGAAGACGACUGCCUGGUGAACCCUACUCGCCAAGUCUUGGUCAAGGACUUUACCUUCGAGGGCUUCAGCCGCCUGCGCUUCCUGAACCUGGGCCGUAUGACUGAGGGGGUGAACGUGGAGACAUUGCUUCGGCCUUUGGCCUCCCUCACUGCCCUGGAUCUCUCUGGGAUCCAGCUCAAUGAUGUGGCAUUUCUGACCCAGUGGAAGGACAGUCUGGUUUCCUUAGUGCUUUACAACAUGGACCUUUCAGAGGAGCACAUCCAAGUGAUCUCACAGCUCCGCAAGCUCAGGCACUUGGAUAUUUCCCGAGACCGCCUGUCCAGUUAUUACAAAUUCAAGCUGACCCGGCGGGUGCUGAGCCUGUUUGUGGAUAACCUGGUAAACCUCUCCUCACUAGAUAUCUCAGGGCACACCAUGCUGGAGAACUGCACCAUCUCAAGCAUUGAGGAGAAAGUGGGUCAGACAAGCAUUGAGCCAUCAAAGAGCAGUAUUGCCCCCUUCAGAGAUCUGAAACGACCGCUUCAGUUCCUGGGCCUCUUUGAGACCUCUCUUUGCCGUCUGACGCAUAUUCCAGCCUACAAGGUGAGUGGGGACAAGAAUGAAGAGCAGGUGCUGAAUGCUAUCGAGGCAUACACUGAACACCGGCCCGAAAUCACAUCCCGGGCCAUCAAUCUCCUUUUUGAUAUCGCCCGCAUUGAGCGCUGCAACCAGCUGCUGAGAGCACUGCAGCUAGUGAUCACAGCUCUCAAGUGUCACAAGUACGAUAAGAACAUCCAGGUGACUGGGAGCGCAGCCCUUUUCUACCUAACAAAUUCAGAGUAUCGGAUGGAGCAGAGCGUGAAGCUGCGGCGUCAGGUGAUCCAGGUGGUGCUGAAUGGCAUGGAGUCUUACCAGGAAGUGACAGUGCAGCGGAACUGCUGCCUGACGCUGUGUAACUUCAGCAUCCCAGAGGAGCUGGAAUUCCAGUACCAUCGUGUCAACGAGCUGCUGCUGAACAUCCUGAACCCUACUCGGCAGGAUGAGUCCAUCCAGCGCAUCGCUGUACACCUCUGCAAUGCCUUGGUCUGCCAAGUGGACAAUGACCAUAAGGAGGCUGUGGGCAAGAUGGGGUUUGUCAUGACCAUGCUAAAGUUGAUUCAGAAGAAGCUGGUAGAUAAAACAUGUGAUCAGGUAAUGGAGUUCUCCUGGAGCGCCCUGUGGAAUAUCACAGACGAAACCCCCGAUAACUGUGAGAUGUUUCUCAACUACAGUGGCAUGAAGCUCUUCCUGGAGUGCCUGAAAGAGUUCCCAGAGAAGCAGGAGCUGCACCGUAACAUGUUGGGACUUCUGGGAAAUGUGGCGGAGGUGAAAGAGCUCCGUCCACAGCUCAUGACCUCCCAGUUCAUCAGUGUGUUCAGUAACCUGUUGGAGAGCAAAGCAGAUGGGAUUGAGGUAUCUUACAACGCAUGUGGGGUUCUCUCCCACAUCAUGUUUGAUGGUCCAGAGGCUUGGGGUAUCUGUGAGCCACGCCGAGAGGAAGUAGUAGACAGGAUGUGGGCAGCCAUCCAGAGCUGGGACAUUAACUCCAGAAGAAAUAUCAAUUACAGGUCAUUUGAACCGAUCCUUCGACUCCUUCCGCAAGGGAUCUCUCCUGUCAGCCAGCAUUGGGCUACUUGGGCUCUCUAUAACCUUGUCUCUGUUUACCCUGACAAGUACUGCCCCCUGCUGAUCAAAGAAGGUGGAAUGCCCCUUCUGAAGGAGGUGAUUAAGAUGGCUUCAGCACGGCAGGAGACCAAGGAAAUGGCCCGGAAAGUUAUAGAGCACUGCAGUAACUUUAAAGAGGAGAACAUGGACACUUCCAGAUAGAGGCAAUGAUCUAACAACGCCUCUUGCCAGCACUGUAUCCAGCUUCUCUCUAAUUCACUGUAUAUAGAGAGGACUCUUUCCCACCAACUUGGCAGUUGGAAGGAACCUGUGUGUGUGUGUGUGUGUGUGUAUGUGUAUGGGUGUGUGUGUGUGAGAGAGAGAGAGACCCUCAGUAGAUGAAGGUGCACAGGGGUGGGGUGGGGGGACCUUUUGCACAACAAAUGCUUUCUUUAAAUUAGUAGGUUUUUCGUUAUGAAGUAUGGAUUGACGUUUUGUGUAUAUGAUUUCUGUAUAAAAAACAAAAAAAAUGUAUCUUUUGACCUUUUUUAGACCACAUGAGAAGCCUCAAAUGAAUGUGAGCUUGACGAUCUAGCUGUGUGAUUGAUAUUGUGACCUUUUUUUAUUUCACACCUUUAGACAAUUCCCCUUCACUAUAUUGCAUGAGGUCCUGUCAUGUCCACAAGAACAGCUAGUCCAGCAUCAUGGCCACAUCUCUACAGUGGGGUUGUAGGCACUGAUCAAUGAUCUAUUUGCCUCGAGGGGGAAAAAUAAUGCUAAGAGAUUGAGACCAAAGGAAUCCGAAUAUUUGUCAGUAGAAUAGUAAGGGGAGAAAGAGCUUUCAAGCCAUUUCAGUCAGUUUUUGUACAGGGGUGCUACUAGUGGAACCUUGAUGGAUUGUAUCAAGUGAAUCUGGAAAUUCCUUGCUGUAAAGCAUUCCCAUUAACCCUUUAAAGCCAGGAGUUUUGACUUUGCCCAGUAGCGCUACAGUGGUACCUUUCAACCAUCUGGCACCACAGAGUGAAGGAAAGGCUUGAAAAACCAGCUGUCCUGCCCUUAAGAAUGGAGGGUGUUUUCCUGCAAGGGAUACUGUGGAAUGAAGAAUCAGGUUCAUUCACAGAGGGGGCUAAUCUCUCCAGCUCUCCAUGCAAGGCCUUUUACCACCUCUUUUUUUUUAAAUUGUGUUUUCUGUGUUUUAUGGUAAAGGCUGCAAACACCAGAGGGUGAGUUUCCCCUCACCCAUGGCCAACUCUCUCUGGGACCCAGGCCAGUCACUACUGCAUGAUUUGGUGACUUUGGAAUUUGUGAGGGAUUGGGAGUUUUCUCUCUUUUCUUAAGUCUGGGCCAACAUUUGCCACGUUAAAUGGGGAUUCAAGCCUCACUGUGUAUCAAACACAUUGCAGCACAAUGCCUGAUUUACAAUGGUCCCAGGGUCUUCAUUUGUAUGACUUGCCAAGGUUUGCCUGAAAUCUAGGUCCCCCAGCAGCACAUUGUGCAACCUGCAGAACCCAAACUUGCGACCCUUCUCCUUGUCCUGGUUCUUUCACAGUUAAGAUAAUCUUCUUCCCGUAGAAAUGGCUAUGUACCCAGGAACAGCCAGGAGAGAUUUGGCCUACUUGAGCUGGGACAUUUCAGGCCACUGAGACAGCACAAUAAGCCUGUCUGUCUUUCCUCUGCUCUCUCCUCCUAUCCAUUGCGCUGUGAUUUGAUUCGCUGCUAUGGCUGAGGUUCUCCUAAUGUUCAGGGUAAAUGCUGCGGUCAUUGUGGAUGGUAUGGACAAUUCUUAGGGCCAUUAAGUGACAUUUUAAAUGACAGAACCCAGCUGCCCUGGAGAGGUUUAGUUUUUCUGCCCAGAUGGUGUUAAUGUUGUUGUUUUUUUUCCUUUUUAACCCUAUGUCAUUUGUUUUGAUGGUGGGCUUGCUUUGUUUGUUUGCUUGUUUUCCUUGUAAGUACUUUUCAAACUUAUAGAUAUAUAUACUUGUGUCACUUUU